UUUUCACUCCCUCUGAAAAUAUGAGUCUCAACAGUAAAUCAGGUGAAAAGAAUGAGUGCUCAUUUAAGGUGCAAAACCUGCCUUCACUGAAAGAAACACUGGAAACUCCCAUUCGGGCCAAGAAGCACAAAUAUGUAUGCUGUGAAAAUUUGAAGGUAUUUCUUCUUGGGCUGUCCUUUGCAUACUUUUCUAAAGCACUAUCAGGAAGCUACAUGAAGAGUGUGAUCACGCAGAUAGAACGCCGAUUCGACAUAUCAGCUUCUGCUAUUGGAUUCAUUGAUGGAAGCUUUGAAAUAGGCAAUUUAUUGGUGAUUGUCUUUACGAGUUACUUUGGAGCAAAGCUUCAUCGACCAAAAAUUAUUGGAAUAGGCUGUCUGGUGAUGGCAAUUGGCACAAUCAUUACAGCUAUGCCUCAUUUUUUCAUGGGACGGUAUAAAUAUGAAAGCAUUGUUACCCUUAAUAAUGCUUCAUCUAGCUUAUCCCCAUGUUUACGUUCUGAUAAUGAAAAUGAUGAAACUAAAGCACUCAGAGAAGAACCAGCAUUAGAAGAAUCAGACUGUACAAGAACAUCUGGCUCGUUUAUGUGGAUUAUUGUGUUCACUGGAAAUCUUUUAAGAGGAAUUGGAGAGGCACCAAUAGUACCAUUAGGAAUGUCAUAUAUUGAUGAUUUUGCAAAGCCAGAAAAUUCUGGAUUUUACAUUGCAUGUGUCCAGGCAGUAGGUAUCAUUGGUCCUGUUUUGGGCUUCUUAUUGGGAUCCCUCUGUGCCAGACUGUAUGUCGAUAUUGGAAUGGUGGAUCUUGGUACUGUAACAAUCAAUCCAAAGGAUUCUCGUUGGGUAGGAGCAUGGUGGCUUGGCUUCUUAAUAGCUGGAACUACUAGCCUGCUGGCUACAUUCCCAUUUUGGUUCAUGCCAAGAUCUCAAAUGAAAGCGGCAAAUAAGAAACAUAGAUUAUCUGAAUUAAUUGUUUUAACCAAGGAAGUUCAAACUGGUGAGAAAAUUACAGAGUAUAAACAUGGGCCAACACUUUCUGAAAUUGCAAAAGAUUUUGUGCCAUCUCUUAAUGUUCUACUGCGGAGUCCCAUCUUCAUUUUGUAUUUAAUCAUCAGUGUUAUAUCCUUCAAUGGCUUUAUCGGAAUGAUUACAUUUAAGCCAAAAUACAUAGAACAGCAGUUUGGCCAGUCUGCAUCAAAGGCAAACUUACUCAUUGGAUUAACGAACAUCCCUGCUUUAGCCAUGGGAAUACUUGUAAGUGGAGCCAUCAUGAAAAAGGCAAAGCUGAGUUUCAUUGGAAUUUUCAGGCUUGCCAUUUGGACUUCUGUGACUGCCUUCAUGUUCAACCUUUUAUUUUUUAUCUUCACAUGUGAAAACUCAAAAGUUGCUGGGUUAACAGUUACUUAUGAUGGAAAUUCUCAAGUCUCAUACAAGGAGGACACACUGAACUCCUUUUGCAACUCAGACUGCAAAUGCUCAACAAAACAGUGGGACCCUGUUUGUGGUGAGAAUGGAAUAACCUAUGCUUCUGCAUGCCUUGCUGGAUGUCAAACCUCAACAGGCACUGGAAAAAACACAGUAUUUCUUAACUGCACUUGUACACUGAGUGCUGUAUUGUCAGUUACUGGCAAUUCGUCUGCACACCUGGGACAGUGCCCUAAACAUGAUGACUGCAGUAAAAUGUUCAUUUACUACCUGGCAUCAGGAAUUGCUGGCUCCUUUAUUGCUGCACUUUCAAUAACACCUUUUUCUGUAAUCUUACUUCGAUCUGUUAAGCCAGAGCUUAAAUCCUUUGCUAUUGGCAUACAUACUCUGUGCACAAGGACACUCGCUGGGAUCCCAGCACCUGUCUAUUUUGGAACUUUGAUUGAUACAACGUGUUUAAAAUGGGGAACUCUGCCUUGUGGAAGACGUGGAGCAUGCCGGGUAUAUGAUACCAAAUCAUUCCGGUUCAUUUUUCUUGGACUGAUGUCUGCACUGAGAGCUUUUGGUUUCCUGUUGUACAUACCAAUGUACAUUGUAGCAAAGAAAGAAUUCAACAAGUCAGAAAAAAGUGAUGAGACAGAUAUGGUGCUUGGAAUGAUGAACGUUAAUGAUACUGAUGCUGAUGUUAAUGAGAUUAAUUCUCUAGAUGAAGAAAAACAAACAAAACUAUAGCAAACUAAAACAGCGUCUGUAUAUUUCUUUAUUCUUAAGAUAUAUAAUAAUAUAAUCAGCAGGAAUGAAUAUUUGAAUAUUAAUAUUAGGUUCCUCAACAUGCAAUGAUGUCUUGCAACAGGAAAAAGUAAAAAAAAAAAAAAAAAAAAAACAUUUUUAUCAUUCUAAUCAGCUUUCGUCAUAUACUCCAGCUUCUAAUCAACAUUUAAAUAACUGAAAUGUAUAAAAAUUCUGUGUAGUAAAAUAUUUUCAUCUGGA